ACCAGUUCCGCUGCAUAGUUCUAUCGAUACAAAGCUAGCGCCAAGCGACAACAACGUUCGAAAAAAACUGCUCUGCUCUGCUCUGCUGGCAAUAUAAAUCGAAAGGUGCAGUUAAUAAAUACAUAUAUAAAUAAAAAGUGUCAGAGAAUACGCGAUCAUGACUACGAUUCGCGGCCACAGCGCUGGCCACACAAAUAGCAACAGCAUCAACAACAACAACAGCAACAGCAACAACAACAAUCAGAAUGGCGACUCGCCGCUGCAGGCUGCGCUGCCAGCGCAGGACGCGGCGCUUGCGCAGGCCAUUGGCUAUGUGCGGGAAUUUAGCAGCCAGGCGGCGGCUUAUCAUCAGCUCAAGACGGAGGAGUCGCUGGUGCAUCUGCUGCGCAGCAUCGCGCUGCUGGGCACAAAAGUGCCGCCGCAUUGCUAUGCGCCGGCGCCUGGAAAUCUGGAGCUGGCCAAAUUCUUUGUGGACCUGCAUGCGCUGAUGAGCGCCCUGGACGGCGACAGCGAUGCGCUGUGGAGCUGCGUCACGCUGCUGCAGCACUGCAGUCGCAAUCUGGAGGCGCGCAGCGCCAUUGUGCAGAAAUAUUGCUUUGUGCCGCUGCUGAGCUACCUGCUGAAGCGGACGGUGCGGCCGGAGCGUGUGCAGCGGCUGUUGCUGCUGCUGCAGGAUCUGACAUACGGCAUACGCAUUGGCUGGGAGGAGCCGUAUCUGGUGGUGCUGCUGGAGCAUCUGGUCGAGCUGGUGCACAGUGUGGAGGACUGCGAUCCGAAUGCCACGGACGUGGACAGCACACAGGCACAGCUGGCGCUCUCCAUACUGGUCAAUCUGUGCUACAAGAACUUUGUGGUGCUCUUUCUCUUUCUGCGCAGCGUCAACAUAUCCAGCUUCAGUCGGCGCAUACAGAACUACGGCCUGCUGGCCUACAAGAUGCUGAUCAUCCUCUCCGAGGAUGUGCACGCCUUCGAACAGCGCGAACUGCACACAUUUCUGCGCACCGCCUUCGCCGGCAUGGAGGACUGCCUGAAACAGUGGCAUGUGCCCCAGCUGCGGCACAUUGUCGACUUCCUGCUGGACGCCCAGUGCCAUGCGGGCCUGCAGCGAGCCAUGCUCAGCUAUGCCCACUACUGCGAGGACAUUGAGCGGCUGCUGAAUCAAAUAGAGGCACGUCGCCACAUGGACGACUCCGCCAGUGAGGACACGCGCAAGCAGCAGCAGUGCUGCAUGGAGCUGAUCUUCCGCCUGAUUAGCCAUGUGCUGCAGCUGUCCGAGAACAACAGUGUGAUCAGCCUGGAUGCCAUAACAGCGCGCCUCUACGAGCUGAUCUGCGACUGGCUCGAGUCCGAGCUGUGCGGCGUGGCGGCCAUCGAGCUGCUCAGCGUCCUGCUGCGCCUGGGCAAGCGCGGCGCCGUCUCGCAGCUGAUAGCACGCGAGCCCGCCAACGUGGUGAAGCUGGUGAACAGCGCCGAGCGCAGCGAUACAAAGCCCGCCCAUGUGACAGCCAUACUGCGGCUGUUGCUGACGCUGCUGCGCGAGUCCAAGACGGAGAAGCUGGUGCUGUCCAAAAUAUCCGAGUCCUAUUUCGAUAAGAUUCUGGCAGCGCCGCUUAGCUUGCUGCCGCAAAUGCUUAGCCCACAGACGCUCGCCCAGUCGGAGGUGGAGAAGGCCAUCUACUGCCUGCUGCUGCUCAUCAAUUUCGCCAGCAUCGCGAAGAAGGCCUAUUGGGACAAGUGCUGUGCUCUGCUCGAGCUGCCGCAGCUGCAAUAUGCCCUGGCACGCGCCAUGCUCAGCGGCAAUGAGCAGCUGGUGGCCGCCAUGCUGCAAAUAGCACAAUUCGAACACUUUCCCAAGGCGGCCGUGGCCAAGUUUGUCUCCAGCAUUGGCAGCAAUAACAGGCAGGCGAAUCCCAGUCCUGAGCAGGCGGAGCAGUGGCGCAAUUUGAGCGCAAUUCUGAAGAGCCAUCGCACCUUUAUUGACAAGGAGCUGGCGCAGCGCGUGAAUGCGCUAAUCGAGAGCAUCGGGGAGACAAUGCGUCGCAAUGAGCUGCACUCGGCGCCCGUGUCGCAGGUGAUCGAAUUGUAUAACCAUCGCAUCGAUAGCCUCAACUGUGCCGCGCAAAACAUGCAGCAACGCCUGGAGCAGGCCAGCGUUCAGCUGUGCCACAGCACGCAGCUGACCAAUGUGCAAAACGCGGAGCUGGAACGUUUUCAGACCAAAAACUUUGAGCUGCUCAUCAGCCAGGAGCGCCUGCAAACGCAGUGCAAGGAUCUAAAGGCGCAGGCGGGGCAGCUGAAGACAAACCUUAGCGAUCUGCUUAAACGUUGGUCGGAAACCUCCGAGCAGCUGCAGGCCAGCGAGCGCCGUCUCUCGGUCAAGCAGUCGGAAAUUGCGGGCCUGCAAAGAGAUUGCGAGGAGCUGCGCAGCAAUCUCAGUGCCAAGAGCGAGGAGCUGUCCAAACUUGAAGCGCUGAGCAAAGAUAAUUGUACACGCAUCGAGAAGCUGAAGAAAUCGGUGAUUGCCUACGAGCAGGACAUCAAGGAGAAGCUGCGCACCAUUGAGGAGCGCACCACAGAGCUGGCCAAAACGCAUAAGGCGCUCGAGGAGCAGCGUGAGGCGCGCAAAAAAUCCGAGGAUUUGGUUAGCGUGCUCGAGACGCAGCUGCAGGAAAAGAAAGAGCAAAUCGAGAAUCUCGAAAUGGAGCAAAAGGAAACCGAAGAUCUGCGCAAGACAAUCAUGAGCCUUAUGGAGAGCAAAAAGCCCAAACGCAAAGCAUAAUCCAUUGUUUUAAUCGUUUGAUCAUUUAUUUAUUUCUACAAUAUUGACUUAGUUGUGUGUUUAGAAACAAAUAGGCCUGCUAAUACAACACAAUCACAAUCUUACACUUUUAAUUAGCAACUAAAUAUAUAAAUUAUACUAAAUCGCAUGACUGAGCCAACGGCAAACAGAAUCCAUCGAAAGAUGAUUAACUUUUAUCAAUGUGGUUUUCCGUUUGACUUUUCAUUUGUACAAAUUUAAAGCCUGCAAAUUUAUUACACAACUGAAAGCCAGUCAAACAUUUCUUUAAUUGCUGGCAUAUAAUUUUACUGGCAACUACUCGUUUUAUUGCCGGCAAUAAGCUAAAAAAAAAAAAAUUAAAAAGUUGUAAAAAAAAUUUUGCCCACUUAAGCGACAAAAAGUAUUAUUUAUAAACUAUGAAACAAGCUGGAUUCUAAUAGGGCUUCUAGACAGCUGCAAGUACUAGAAUAAGCAGCUAGAACUAACGCCUAAUAAUGAUGUAUAUUAAGCUAGUUAGUACAGCGGUCUAGUUAGUACAGUGGUCGCUCCUAUAGCCUGCAGAGAUGAGAAAUUAGAGCCUAGAAAUUAGCAUUGAACUUUUUGAUACAUUCGACGCUUCGCAUUUAAAAGUUGUAUUUAUUGUUUUCAGUUUUGCAUUACAAUAAAAGCCAUACAAUGUUCAUUUAUAUA